AUAUAUAGGGUUAUUUUUGUAAUUAAACUCUUCACAACUUCGUCCUGCAGUGUUCUACCGCCGCAGUUGAUCCUCUGCUGAUUUGCGUCUUCUCCUCUCUCCGCCGAUUCAGUUUCAGGUUUUACUAAUUUGAUUACGGUGGAAAAUUAUGGAGGAGAUUUUGGUGGCCGUAGUGAUGAUGGUUGUGAUUUUAUCUUUGAUCCCACUAUAUAUUUGGAGGCGUCGAGUUGAUUCUCGAGAAUCUCACCAACAUGAAGAUGAGCCUCAGGAUAUACGAAGGGGGGAAGCAGUUAGGGCUACCAACACACGACGAAUGCGUCGAAGACCCGCUGCUUCUGCUGCUGCUAGCUCGUCUUCUGGUCAUGCUAACACUGAAGAAGCUUCUGAUGGAAGUGAUAAUGAAGUGGCUGCGGAAGGGUGGCACUCUGGUAAAGCAUCAAAGAAAAAGGAAAAGAAACAGAGAGAGCGGGAAGCACAACGGCAGGCAGAAGAUGCUGCACGUGAAUCAAGGAGAACUAAGCAGGAUCGAUACGAAGAGAUGAGGAGGAGGAAGGAUGAGGAGCGAGAAGCAUAUGAAAGAAAGCUGGAAGAAGAAGCUAAUGCUAGGAAAGCUAAGGAAGAAGAAGCUGCUGCGUUAGAGUUUGAUCAGUGGAAAGGAGAGUUUUCUGUUGACGCUGAAGGCACAACCGAAAAUGAAGUACAAGAUGGAAGUCAGGGACUGCUUUUUGAUUUUGUAGAGUACAUUAAGAAACACAAGUGUGUCCCUUUAGAAGAUAUCGCGGCUGAAUUUAAGUUGCGAACUCAGGACUGUAUCAAUCGAAUAAACUCACUAGAAACUAUGGGACGAUUGUCUGGUGUGAUGGAUGAUAGAGGAAAGUACAUUUACAUUUCACUGGAAGAAAUGAGAGCUGUCGCGGAUUACAUCAGGCGCGAGGGUCGGGUUAGCAUCUCUCACCUUGCGAGCAAGUCCAACCAGUUCAUAGAUUUGGAACCUAAAGCCCCUGUAGUCGAAGAUAUCACCAGUAUAGAGGAUGUAACUUUUGGUUGAUUAUCCAUCAUGGUAACUUUGUUUAUCACAUGAUCUUUGGCAGCUGAUUGAAAUAACUAACUGAUCAAAGUUGUAUAGGUUACCAUGAAAAAGAGUUGAGAGUUACUUACAGAACAACUGGAAAGCUUUUCUUGGGAAAAAGUUUCAUCGUUUACAGGUUAUGUUUUUAAAUAUUUUAUGGUGUAUGUAUAUAUAUAGAGAUGUUUGGUUACUGUGCUCAUUGGAUUAAAUCAACAAUUACGUAUAUUUUGACAAAACAUUAUAUAAUUAUAUAC